AGGUGUGCACACCUCUUACGAGUUUACGAGGCCUACGUCGAACUGAACGAACGGACAGUUACCUUUCCGUUUCGAGACCGCGAACAUCUACCUCUCGUUAUCGCCGCGAAUAAAUCGGUGAUUGCUUCUCGAUUCCUCGAGGAGAAUCAUGUGGAUCCUUGCGUUUUUCUACGGGUUUCUAACCGCGGCCCAGGCGAUCUCUACCUCCUGGAGUCCGUCGUUCCCAACGCCAACUGCCAGCGCCCUGCACCAAGGAACAGCCGCUAUCUUCGAAAGUGCACAGCCUCUUUACGACGCAGCAAGCUCGUCGCUACUGGCACAACACGAAGAAGACAGAUGUACACUGUAUAAAAUCGCUAUGAAACAGCAACUCUACUUCGAGUACGUUCACUACAAGACGCAGCUGCCGGACAUGAAGGAGUUCACGUUGUGCAUGUGGACCAAAUUCUACAAUCACAGCAACGACCAUCCUUUGUUUUCGUACGCAGUGGGAGAUCAACCGCGUGGCAUCCUCUCCUGGGUCGCCAACACCGCCAGGAGUUCCUACUACAUGAUGAACAUCGACGGGCACAACUUGUACAGAUUGAAUUAUCCGCUCCGUCUGAACAAGUGGUAUCACAGCUGCCAAAGCUGGAACGGUCGUACAGGAGAAUGGCAGAUCUGGGUCAACGACGAGCGUGUAGGUCGUGGCUUCAACAACAGGUUGGUCGGCCACGUCAUCAAAGGGGGUGGAAUUGCGAUCACUGGACAGGAGCAACGACAGCUGGGCGGCGGCUUUUUGGAAGGCGAUGGCGCUCCUCCAGGAUCCGGCGGUCUUGUGGGUGAAAUAACAAUGGUGCAGCUGUACGAGGUCGCACUGACGGCCGGCAAAGCCCACAAGGAUCACAAACACCAUCACGGCCAUCACUACGAGCACGACACCACCAACAACACGCCCAGACCUACGCGUCCUCCCGUAACAGGCCGACCCCUUCCGCAACAUCCCUACCUCACUGCUGGACAAAUCAAUCAUCAGGUAAAAAUCAAUCCAGGGUCGCCGCUGCAAAUCGUUCAAGGAGGCGUCACCCUGAGGCAUCCUGCGGUGAUUCCCCGCAAUCCAUCACCUCAGCCCUUCCCUCCUGCGAAUCCCAAUUCCGUCUCCGCAGCGUUCCCUUUGCAAUCCAGCCAGUUCUUCGGCAACUUACGCUCUAGCGUUAGUUUGCCUCCGGCGAGCGAAACAACCGACAUAGGAGCCAGCUCGUAUCACAAUCUCUUUAAGAGAGAGAAGGAUUCGUCGGCUGUUGAAACCGAGAGCAACGAGUCGGAUUCGAGCGCGGAGCAAGCGUCCAGCGUGGCGAAGAGGCAGAUCGACAAAGAGACAGUUUCAGAGGGAAAAUCUUCCGAUGGGAAGGUAACGUUCGUGCCAAGAGAAGACGCGGAGUCUGCGAAAGACAGGAAACUAGAAAAACGCGACUCGACGAAAAAGAAACGAGGCCUGGUGCAACUGGGCGACGGUUUAAUCGUCGACGACGGUUACAUUAGUCAAGGCCUAGACAACAAUUAUUUCGUAGGCCUGACCAACUUCGGUCUGCAACUACCAAAAUACGAAAACAAGGACGACGAAAGGGAACCAGCAGAAGGUGAAGUCAGAACUAUCAUGGACGUCUGCGACGGUUGUAGCGAGGAACCUUUCGCCAAAGCUCUCGUCUUUGGUUGGAGGUCUGUGCCUAAGAAACUGUACUCCGGCGCGGUGCACAUCCCAGCCGCGUCAAUGUGCAAAGCGUUUUAAACACUUUCACGAUGGAGCGUUUCGUCGUUGGCAUUUCGUCCGAUAGUUUCUUAUUCCCUUUGAACAUACGUUUUUCCAAUAUUUUGCCACGUCUCUAUCUUCUCUCCGCGUUCCGCGAACGCGUGUUUCGUGCGUUUCAUUUUGCGAUCAUUUUUUCGCUAUUCGUACGCCGUUGCAAUCGCCAACGUUUCACGCCAUCAAAGUGUCAACAAGGCGUUUUCGACGGAAACAGGAGACGAGACUCGGCGAACUCGGGUCUGCUCGGGUCCAUUCGCGGCAUCGACCACGAGUCGGCCAGAGAUUUAUGGUUAUCGCGUCUCGGUAGCCGACCGCUAUCGCUGACACAGGAUCUCUUCUACGUGCCGUGAACCCGAGGCCAACGGAUCUCGAACGCGUUAGCUCGAUUACGCGAUUACAAGCGUUGCGGAUAGAAACGAUAGCCGCGGGCGGAUAUUGAUUACACAGAGUCACUCCGAUCGCAUUCGGAGACGUAUUUAUUAUUAAGGGAAUCCAUCGCGAAGCUAAAACUAAGCUAAGCUAAACGUAAAAAAGUAGCGAGCAGGUGUAAGUGGCGGUGCCGCAGCAGACUAUUCGGCUGACUAUUUGUCUAUCCUCCGUCUGACUCAACAGUCGGCUGAAUAGUGGGCGUCGGCUACACCACCACCCAAAUCUGCUCGCUAUGUUUUUACCCUAAGUUAUGCUCUGCUGGAUCUCCGAUAGUAGCUCCGUCGUUGGGUUAAUUCUUGACGCGGGCUCGUGUCUAGGUUAGUUAGAGUUGUAAGUUGCGGCUGACGUUUAGCGCGCCGUUGAUCGGAGAAAUCGUCGAUCGUAGAAACACACCUGGUGUGAACCGAAUGUCGUCGAUCGGCCACAUACUCGGAAGUAUUUAAAGAGAGAUACAAUUAAAAUCAACGUGCGAAGUUGUUAGAAUUUAAGAUGAAUAAAACGUUCAUUGUAAAA